AUGGUGACUGUGUGGCGGUGUGCUGCAGGUGUAACCCGUUUCAUGAAACUUGGCGAGACCAUCACCGCGGAAGAGUACUGCAAAGAACUGAACGGUGGACAAAAUGCAAAGGAAACUCCAACUUCUUCGGCCGGCGUUAGUGAACAGAGAAGGCCUGGUUCUCCUACACGACAAUGUCCGGCCGCGCAUUCCAAAGCGACAGUACUGAAGUUGAACGAGUUAGAUUACAGGACUCUGCCUCGCCCACUAUAUUCCUCAGACCUGGCCGACUAUCACUUUUUCCAACAUCUGGACAGUUACCUAAGAGGUAAGCUCUUUCAAAACCAAGCGGAUGCCGAAAAUUACUUCGAGAAAUUCAUGGACUCCAAAAGCUCGGACUUUAGGCAGCGAGUACAAGCAACUUUGUAUCUCGUUGGCAAAGAUGCAUGGAGACUGGAGCGGUUCUCAUAUCGAUUAGAAAAGUUGAUUUUGGGGCGAAUUAUAGCGUUUCGAAGUGAAUGUUUGAAAAUGCGUAUUUUUGCACCAACCUAG